UGCGGCAAAAGAUGAAAAAAAUACUUUGUCACCUGAAAAUGAUCUCUUCCUAUUUUUCAUUAGUAUAUUAAUUGAAAUGGAAAAAGUUAGGAAAGAAGCUGUGUUAACUCGGGAUGAUUUUGAUGGUGGGCCGGUUAGCCUUGAUCUAAUAGAAGAAAAUUUAUAUUUAGGUAAUGUUACAGCUGCAUGUGAUAUUCCCACUUUAACAGAAUUGAAUAUUAAAUAUAUUUUGACAAUAGAUUCAGUUCCAUUACCUCGACAUAUAACUGAAAAUGAAAAUUUUAUUACCAAAUAUAUUCAAAUUACUGAUAUUCCUAAAGAAGAUAUUUUAUCAGUAUUUGAAUGCACAAACAUGUUUAUAUCUGAAGCAUUGGACAAUAAUCUAACAAUAUUAGUACAUUGUUAUUAUGGAAUGUCUAGAAGUGCAGCCAUAAUUAUUGCAUAUUUUAUGAACAAAUACAAUUUACAAUAUGAGGAAGCAUAUCAAAGAGUUAAAUCAAAAAGAAACCUCGUAAGCCCAAAUCCAGGGUUUAUUACGCAGUUGAAGCUUUAUGGCAGUAUGGGUUCGAAAAUAGACAGAACGAACAAUAAAUAUAAAAUGUAUAGGCUUAAAAUUGCUGCAGAUAAAGUUAGAAAAGUUAAAAUAUUACCUCAAAGUUGUAUGGAGCUCAUACAACCUGAUCCAGCAUUAUUGCAAGAAAGGCCUGAUCCAUUAGUUUAUAGAUGCAGAAAAUGUAGAAGAAUUUUAGCUUGCCAAUCAAAUGUAAUUACACAUAAAAAAGGAAAAUCAGUCUGUUCCCAAACUUAUUUCGUUGAACCAAUUGCAUGGAUGAAAGAAGUUACUCAUAACACUCAAGGUAAACUGUAUUGUCCUCAUUGUAAAAAUAAACUUGGCAGCUUCAAUUGGCUUAUGGGUAAGAUUUCUUGAUGCUUAUUUUCAACCAUAAUAUGUGUUCUUUUAUGUUUCCAUAUCGAUAGGAUGCCAAUGCCCUGUGGAACGAAAGUGUCACCUGCAUUUUAUCUAGUCCCUUCAAAAGUAGAAUGGUCAAAUGUUGUUCAAAAUAUAGAAUCUACAAUAUAG